CCUCGAGUAACCACUGGAGUUUAUGAGCUUCACGGAGAAUAGCAAUCCCUGGUCCCCAGGUCUGGGGCACUCCGACCGUCACGGCAUCCGUAGAGCAACAGGAAAAAUGGCGGCGCAAUCCAACGAUGCUGAAGUUGAAAAUCUGAUUAACUCUGCUUCAAAAGAGGAGCCUCCUGCUUCUGUGACCAUGGAGCAGCUCCAGAGGAGCCGGAGCCGGAGUCGCGAUGGGAGUCGGAGUCAGAGCCGGGAUCAUAGCCGGAGUCAGAGUCUGGAUCGGAGCAGGAGCCGGAGCCGAAGUAGAGGCCGGAGCCGGAGUCCCUCGGCACAAGGAGACGGUGACAGAAUGAGCUGCAGUAAGAUUGUUGCAGAAAGCGGGGUGGGCGGCCAGGCUAGCCCGGCAGACGUGGGGAGGAGUGGGAGCUCCAGAGGGGGGUCCGGGCCCAGCGACUCGGACAGCGAUACCAGCGGAGAUACCGACAGCGAGGAGGGCGAGGGCCGCAGGAUGAAGAGCAGCGUGGCCCAGAUCAGGCGUGGGUCUGAUGACGGCAGCAGGAACCGACGUAGGAGCUCCUCUGCAGAGUAUAGACAUAGAGAGCGGGGGCGGUCCCGGUCCCGGUCCAGGUCCAGGUCCCGGUCCCGGUCCCCUCACAGUCAGGACAGGGAGCGGUCUGAGGAGCGGGGGCGUCGUCACGGCAGAGGUUACUAUGGCGCCGGGAGAAACCGUGACAGGUCGAGGGGGCGGUACUCCAGCAGAGAGCGGUAUCGGGAGCGCCGCUCCAGCUGGGACAGGGAGGCGGAGCCUCGGCGGCGGGGCCGCUCGGCCUCCCCCGCGCAGAGGGACGACCCCCCCGUGGAAGAGCCCCCCGUCAAGAAGAAGAAGGAGGAGCUGGACCCCAUCCUGACCCGCACGGGUGGGGCCUAUAUCCCCCCCGCCAGACUGCGGAUGAUGCAGGCACAAAUCACCGACAAGAGCAGUCUGGCUUUCCAAAGAAUGAGCUGGGAGGCACUGAAGAAGUCCAUCAAUGGUCUCAUUAAUAAAGUCAACGUGUCCAACAUUGCCAACAUCAUCCACGAGCUUCUGCAAGAGAACAUCGUGAGGGGCAGGGGGCUCCUCUCUCGGUCGGUUCUCCAAGCUCAGAGUGCAUCCCCCAUCUUCACUCACGUCUAUGCUGCUGUGGUGUCCAUCAUCAACUCCAAGUUCCCCCAGAUCGGAGAGCUCAUUCUGAGGAGACUCAUCCUGAACUUCCGCAAGGGCUACAGGAGGAACGACAAGCAACAAUGUCUGACAGCAUCCAAGUUUGUGGCUCACCUCAUUAAUCAGAAUGUGGCCCAUGAGGUGCUCUGUCUGGAGAUGCUGACCCUGCUGCUGGAGCGGCCCACGGAUGACAGCGUGGAGGUGGCCAUCAGCUUCCUGAAAGAGUGCGGCCUGAAGCUGACCGAGGUCUCGCCUCGCGGCAUCAACGCCAUAUUCGAGCGUCUGCGUAACAUCCUGCACGAGUCAGAGAUCGACAAGCGCGUGCAGUACAUGAUAGAGGUGAUGUUCGCCAUCAGGAAGGAUGGCUUCAAGGACCACCCGAUUAUCCCUGAGGGCCUGGACCUGGUGGAGGAGGAGGACCAGUUCACACACCUGCUUCCUCUGGAGGACGACUACAACCAGGAGGAUGUUCUCAAUGUCUUCAAGAUGGACCCUGACUUUCUGGAGAAUGAAGAGAAGUACAAAGCGAUCAGAAAGGAGAUCCUGGACGAAGGCAGCUCUGACUCGGGCUCAGGAGACGAAGCUGACGGCAGUGAUGAAGAAGAGGGCGACGAGGAGGAAGAGGCGGGCGAAGACGAUCAAGAGAAGAUCACCAUUUUUGACAAGACUGAAGUGAACCUGGUCGCGUUUCGUCGCACGAUAUACCUGGCCAUCCAGUCCAGCUUGGAUUUUGAAGAAUGUGCUCACAAGUUAAUAAAGAUGGACUUCCCUGAGAACCAAACGAAAGAGUUGUGCAACAUGAUUCUGGACUGCUGUGCCCAGCAGAGGACCUAUGAGAAGUUCUUCGGCCUGCUCGCUGGGAGGUUUUGUCUGCUGAAGAAAGAGUACAUGGAGAGUUUCGAAGCCAUAUUCCAAGAGCAGUACGAGACCAUUCACCGCCUCGAGACCAACAAACUGCGUAAUGUGGCCAGAAUGUUUGCGCAUCUCCUGUACACAGAUUCCGUCCCAUGGAGUGUCAUGGAGUGCAUCAAAGUCAGCGAAGACACGACUACGUCAUCCAGCCGGAUCUUUGUCAAGAUUCUGUUUCAGGAGCUGUGCGCCUACAUGGGCCUUCCCAAACUCAACGAGAGGCUGAAAGAUGUUACAUUGCAGUGCUUCUUCGAGGGCCUCUUUCCUCGAGACAACCCCAGAAAUACAAGAUUUGCCAUCAACUUCUUCACCUCCAUCGGCCUGGGAGGUCUUACAGAUGAGCUUCGCGAGCACCUCAAGAACGCCCCCAAAAUGAUCAUGACGCAGAACCAGGAGGUGUCGUCGGACUCAGACUCCUCCUCUUCCGACUCCUCCUCUUCCUCCUCGGACAGCGAGAGCAGCAGCGACAGCGAGAGCAGCUCUGACUCCUCUAGCCAGUCAGACUCCUCCAGCAGCAGCUCAGAUUCAGACUCCAGACAGAAGCGCAAAGAGCAGAGCUCCGGGAGGAAGGACAAGCGCCCGGGCAGGACGUCCCAUACAGAGGAGCGCCAUGCUGUGAGACAGGAGGAACCUCACGGACCCCUGGACCGUCGCAGAGAGCCCCGCCCCAGCGACCACGACCGCAGCUCCCAGGACCGUGACCACAACCCCAAGGACCGAGACCGCAGCCCCAAGGGCCGUGACCGCAACCGAGACCGCAACCCCAAGGACCGAGACCGCAACCCCAAAGACAGAGACCGCGACCGAGACUUCAGCCCCAAGGGCCGAGACCGCAGCCCCAAGGGCAGAGACCGCAGCCCCAAGGACCGAGACCGCAGCCCCAAGGGCCGAGACCGCAGCCCCAAGGACCAAGACCGCAGCCCCAAGGGCCGUGACCGCAGCCCCAAGGGCCGUGACCGCAGCCCCAAGGACCAAGACCGCAGCCCCAAGGGCCGAGACCGCAGCCCCAAGGACCAAGACCGCAGCCCCAAGGGCCGUGACCGCAGCCCCAAGGACAAAGACCGCAACCCCAAGGACAGAGACCGCAGCCCCAAGGACAGAGACCGCGACCGAGACUUCGGCCCCAAGGACCAAGACCGCAACCCCAAGGGCCGCAACCGUGACCGCAGCCCCAAGGACCGAGACCGUGACUUCAGCCCCAAGGACAGAGACCGCAACCCCAAGGGCCGAGACCGUGACCGCAGCCCCAAGGACCGUGAUCAGAACCGGAGUCCCAUAGACUGGGACCGCAGGCCCAACCGGGAACAGAGUGACCGCCAGUCAGAUCCCGCCAAGCGGCAGGACAGGGCGAAAAACGGCUCCCACCCCGAGCCGGAGCGAGAGAGACGGCGGAGCCCCGAAGACCGCCGCACGGACAGGUCACCGUCUGGAGAUGGGAGGCGCAAGGAGACAGACCCCAGGGAGGGGCACAGGAAUGGGCUGGAGCGGCGGGCAGAGAGAGCUGAUAAGGAGAACAGGCAUAGAGACUCCCGAAAGGCAGAGAGGAGCAGCGACACCUCCCCCAGGAGGAGGAGAUAGCUCCGCUCUGAAAGGGAGGCCCGAGUGACCCGCAUGUGGCAUUUUUAAAAAUCAUCUUCAUUUUUUUCUGGUUCUUUGCUUUUGAACUCAAUCAGGACCGUUUUCUCUCACUGAAAUGAUUUGGUAAAGCCUUACCAAAAUGUUUUCUCAGAAGUGGAACCUUCUAGCCAUAAGGGUGUUUCUUCUACCAUUUUAACUCCUUUCUUUUCCUUCUAUAUAAUGUUUUUGUUGUUUAUUUUGGAGAUAUGUAAAGUUUAUGAGUUGGGAAGACUUAUCAUGUAUUUGUAACACAAUGCGAAUUUGUAUGAUUCAUGCAAAUACAUUUAGUGAUAUUUUUGUGUUAGUUAAAACAAGCAAAAGGUUUAACUGUUGGUUGACAUGCUGAAUUUAUUAAAGCUGAGAUUUUGUAACUCGUCAGUACCAAAAAUUCUUACUGAUAAUUCUGAAUUUGUUAUAUUUGAGCAUUUAACAGGUACACUUGCCCAGAGUGAUAUUCACUGAUGGAAAUUUUUACAUACCGACUGUUUGUACAGCGUAUUUCUGAGUAUUUCACAGAAGCAGUUCAGGUUAAGCAUAGAACAGCAGUGGGAGUCAAACCUGCAACCUUUGCUUUACAAGCCCAGUUCCCUACCCACAAUACUACACUUCUGCCUGUUCAUGGUUGUGCCUGUUUCACAAUUCUUUCAGACCAGCCUGCCACCCCCAGACUCUCCAUACUAUUUCAGACAGAAGCAAUGUGCAAUCUUUCUGAUGGGUAUGCUUUUGAUGGGUAUGGUUUCUUUAUGCUUUCUGAUGGGUAUGCUUUUUGCAUGCUUUCAGUAUACUUUCUGCUGCGUAUGCCUUCUGAUGGGUAUGCUUUCUGGUGGGUAUGCUUUCUGGUGGGUGUACGUUCUGAUGGGUAUGCUUUCUGGUGGGUAUACUUUCUGAUGGGUAUGCUUUCUGAUGAGUAUGCUUUCUGAUGGGUAUGCUUUCUGGUGGGUAUGCUUUCUGGUGGGUAUACUUUCUGAUGGGUAUGCUUUGUGAUGGGUAUGCUUUCUGAUGGGUAUGCUUUCUGGUGGGUAUGCUUUCUGGUGGGUAUACUUUCUGAUGGGUAUGCUUUGUGAUGGGUAUACUUUCUGAUGGGUAUGCUCCUGUAUGCUUUCUGAUAGGAACACAUCUCCUGGUCUUUAGGUCACUUUAGGUCUGGAGGCUUAUGAAUGUACCUGUAAGUUCCAGCUGUUGGGCUUCACUCUUUUUUUCUUGUUUUGUUGUAUUUGUCAUGAAAUCUGAGGAAGAACAGUUCUCUGAUGGUACAUGGUGACGAUGCAAGUGUUUAGUUUGCUGUAUAAUUUGAUAAUGUGAAAAUGGGACUGAUAUUUAAACUGUCAAAUAACAUGCUUUCAUGUCCUAAUGGUACAUGACAUCAUGUUUAAGUAGUUUUUCAUCCCUUGUUCUGGUUCUGGCUUGUCACAAGGAAUCUGAAAGAUUAGCUACAGAGCUAUCCCCACAGGUUUUAGGUAGACAAUGGACCGUUGAACACAUUUCACUUCUUGUUGUGGCUGAGUGGGAAUUAAGUCGGGUCCAACUGAACUCUCAUUGGUCCACAGAAAACCAGGAGGAAAUUACAACGAAGUGAAUUCAAUGUUGGUGCUGGGUGUUGAGCACAGCGACUGCAGAAAUAGGGUUUGUAGGAGCAGCAUACAUGGCUAGGGGUCAGAAUGAUAAAGCCAUUACCUCAGUGGAUCCCAACCUGCCACAUUCCUGGUUGGCUGAUCCACUGCCCAUUUGAAUUGUGGAAGAAUGUAAUAUGUCUGUUCCACUGUUCAACUGUGUUUUUGUUCUUUUGGGAAUUAAAUGGUUUCUGUGUCUUA